UUGGAUACAUUGGUUCCAGCGAAGUUUGAACUGAUGACAAGGCGUAAAGGGUAUGAGAGGGUAUUGGAGUCGAUCAACAAGGCUGUUGAGCUUGGGUUCAAUCCUGUUAAAGUUAACUGUGUUGUGAUGCGUGGGGUAAAUGAUGACGAGAUUUGUGACUUUGUAGAGUUGACCAAGGACAAGCCAAUAAAUGUCCGGUUUAUUGAGUUUAUGCCAUUUGAUGGAAAUGUAUGGAAUGUUAAAAAGCUAGUUCCUUAUGCGGAGAUGUUGGAUAGAGUGAGACAGCGGUUUGGUCAUGUUGAGAGGAUUCGUGAUAAAUCUACAGAGACUGCCAAGAAUUUCAUGAUAGAUGGACAUUGUGGAACUGUGUCCUUCAUCACAUCAAUGACUGAGCAUUUCUGUGCUGGUUGUAAUAGAUUGCGGAUUCUUGCUGAUGGGAACUUCAAAGUCUGUCUCUUUGGUCCAUCAGAGGUAUGUAUCCUUCCAAGCAUUUAUUAUUUUGUUUGUCUUUUGAAAAUGAAUCUGUAAUACCUAUCAGGAUUUAAUUUCUUUUAUACAUUGGUUGUAUUCUCUUGUUCGAAAUAAAAACGAUAGUUCCCUUUUCUGCAACUUCUGAUAGGGUUGAUAACUAUUGAGAAUGCUGAUAUUGGAUAGCAACUAUUGAUGAAUUUCUCGAAACGUUUUUUUUACAACUUCCUUGAUUGUCAAAAUGAUACUUUAUAUUAUCUUUCACCGUGGACCUCUAUAUAAACUGAAUAUAUUCUUCUCCUGAGCUCCUCAAGUGCAAUAAAUGUUUCGCAUAUUGACGUAUAAUACAUGUUGCGACAAUUAGGAAUGUUCUAUCUAGUUUGCAUCAGUGAUCACAACAGCAGCAGAGCAAGGAUCUUCAUCUAGCAUGGGCAGCAUCAUCUAAUACUAUUGUAUCCAACAAGUAAUUUUCAAUAAGCUUAGAAUGGUGUUGUUAUAAACGGAUACACCCAUCUUUAAGUCGAUUAAUAUUUGGAUAUGGAUAUACGUUACUAAACUUCAACUUUAACCAAGUAGGACGAAACCAACAGUAUCAUUAGUUCUAAGUCUUCACUUUACAUAUUUAGGGAGGAGUAAAUACUUUGACAAGGAUAAUUGGGAAGGUUAAGCAGCACAAUGGCCUAUGUACAGAAAGCGUAACUUGCUGGUAGAAUUUAACUUCCAAAUUUAAUAUUUCUUACAUGACAGCCACGAGUGAGCUUUUAUUCUUCAUUUAAGCCUUUAUGCAGAAAUGGUUUGGCUAUGACUAUAACCAUAUUGGGAAGAUUUCAUGAAGGAUAAGUUCCAUAUUCUUGAGGACGUGGAAGAUUUUAAAGGAUUUUGUGACCUUGACUGACCAUCAACCGACAUUUUCUUAAUUUAUUGCAGAAAAAGUUAUAAAUAAGUCAACUCGUGAACCUAUCAUAAUCAUCUAAAAUGCUCUAGGAAAACUGAAAAAGAAUCAUGGAUCGUACUUGUAUUCUUUCAUUCUGCUAAUACUGGUUCGUUGACUCUAUGAUUUAGGAUAUUGUAAAUGUACUAUAUCGUAUACUUCGUCCAUGUGUACUAUUACUAGUGCAUGAAUGGACGUGUAUCUUUUGAUGAUUACAAUCAGCCUCCAUACAUGUUAAAAAUAAAAUUGUACUAUUAUUUUAUUCUGCUAAUGCUGAUGCAGUGGUGUGUUGUCCUUAUAAAUAUAUCACGCUAUAAAUGUACUAUAUUAUACAUUUUGUACAUGUUACCAAUAUAAUGUGUAUAUCAGUUCUCUCAUCCUCCUACUCUGAUCUAUUGCCUUCCUAGAUGCAAUUAACCCAUCCUUUAGUUUCAUAUCUUGCAAUAUAUGUGCUGAUAUCUCCUUAUGAAUGAGAUACAAUUAUUAGAAGGGUAAUGUUAUAUGGUAGACCACUAGUUGGAAUCAGGAAGGUCUUUAUUGUGCAUGAAAGUUGCAAGACUAAUUAGGUAGUUGCAAUUUCCCUGUGGGAGGGGGAAGAAAAAACUUCCAAGUAUAUGCUGUGUUUAAAAGAGCAAAACCCCAAUUCAAUUCAAAUAUUAAGAUAGUUAGGGAUGUAUAUAUAUAGGCAUACAAAUAUGGGUAUGGUUAACGGGUCACAGCCCAUUAACCCAAUACCCAAUAGAC